AUGGCAAUUGCCGUCAACGGACAAAUUCCUGGACCUACUUUGAUUGUUCACGAGGGGCAAAUUGUUAUAGUUCAUGUUCACAACAAUCUUACCACUGAAGGUAUUUCCGUUCACUGGCAUGGGAUACACCAGAGAGAAUCACCUUAUAUGGAUGGCGUGGGGCAAGUAACUCAAUGUCAGAUAGGACCCUCAUCUAGCUUUUCAUACCAGUAUAAGGCUAGUCCUCCUGGGACGUUUUGGUACCACUCUCACAGUGGCACUCAAAGAACAGAUGGCUUAUUCGGUGGUCUUAUAGUUAAAGAAAAAAAAAAUAUCACUCGGAUUAUAAACCUUGAAGUUCAGGACCUUCCAGAUCAGCAUACCUUAACGCUUAUCGAAUGGCAAAAUCAGGCAUCCUUGGAUCUGUUCACACAGUUUAAAGCUGGUGGUUUUUAUGAAGACAAGCCGAUUGGCGAGGUACCAACUCCAAGUUACAACAAAUUGAGGCCCACAUCAAGUUUUGAUAACGGAUUCGCUGGCGCUAUCCCGUAUUUUUCUGGAAUCAUAAAUGGCAAAGGAAGGCAUGCUGAUGUUCCAUACAAUAAAACAAGACUGAGUAUAUUUACUGUUGAGCCCAGCAAGACAUAUCGCUUCAGGCUGAUUGGAGCCCAAGAAACGUACGCUUACAACUUCUCCAUUGAUGGUCAUAAACUGACUGUGGUGGCCACAGACGGCUAUUGGAUUAAUCCCAUAGAUAACGUUGACUACAUCAUUAUCCAAACCGGAGAGAGGUAUGACUUUCUACUAAAUGCAACAGAAAAAGUAAAAGACUACUGGAUACGUGCAGAGACGCUGGAGAUAAAUAAAACCGCGGGAGGGCCACCCUAUCCGACACUAAAUCAUGUGGCAGAGGCUAUUCUGCACUACAAAGAAGAAACAGACUCGGAAAAUCCGGAUGAUAAUGUACCGUCCACAGAAUAUGAAAGUAUAAAAAAUGAGUCUCCAGCCCGUCAGUGCUCCAAAGACAAUCAAUGCAUAGCGGUGAACUGUCCAUUUGAGAAAUUCCAUCGCUCCUAUAACAUUACCUGUUUUAACGUUCAAAACUUUAGUUUACUCGAGCCAACUCCAGACAACGAACUUCCAAAUGCAUACCCUGACGCGAGUUGCCGAAAUUGUACGCAUUUCAUCAACUUUAAUUUUGAGGGUGCCUCUACUACUAGUUCAGUGAAUGGGCGCAAUUUCAUCCUUCCCUCCUUUCCACCCCAAACGCAAAAUCAAGAUUUUCUCAACAACUCCAAAAUUUGUGACCCCAGUGCUGAUUGCAAUCCAUCGACAAUCGAUUGCUCGUGUGUCUACAUGAUUGACAUUCCAUAUAAUAAAACUGUUCAAUUCGUGUUGUCAAAUAUUGGCCGUAACAUCCAUUCUCAUCCAAUUCACCUUCAUGGCCAUUCAUUUCAUGUUGUUUAUGUUGGAUAUCCAGAGUAUAACCAAACCAAUGGUUUUGUCAAAGAGAACAACAAAGAUAUUUUCUGUGAUGAUGUUAAUUGCACAAAUGGUGGUUGCAACAAUAAGAGCUGUACCAGACCAAGGUGGGCGAGCGAGCCACCGCAGUUUUCUAUAAAUCGAAAUACGGUGAGGAAGGACACAGUUACAGUCCCUGCCGGAGGAUACGUUAUCAUCAAUUUCAUAUCCGAUAAUCCUGGCCAUUGGUUUCUUCACUGCCACAUAGAGGGGCACCAGCUUGAGGGAAUGGCACUGAUCGUUAAUGAAGCCUCAGAGGAGCAAAAAAAGUUAGAACCACCCCCAGAGAUUGAGAAAAUUAAGUGUGGAAACCUUGAGCUGAGCUACGAAAAACCGUACUCAUAUAGAAUGAACAACUAA